AUGGCUUCGAACGACUUCAGUUUGUCCUCCAGUUUGGAUUCUGAAGUCUUGGAAAUGGAAGAUUACGAGUUGGAAGUCAAAGGUUCGCCAAACUCGAGCUACAUGGCUAGCGACGAGGAAGGCGCGCAAGAGGCAUAUGCCGACGAUCCGCUAGCGGACGAAGAAUGGUACAGAAAAAGCCCGAAAUUGAUAAGUUGCUACGAUAAUGGCACUCCCGUCGAUGCAAUCAACAAGUGCGAGUUUGUUGUUGUCAACAUCCAAAUUGUUACAUCUACAUUUUCAUGCCCUAAAUAUUAUUUCCAUGUGAAUUUCAUUAGCAGGUGUCAGUGUGGAAAUUGUGACCUUCAGUUUUUGCAAAAUAUCAGCAAGUGUUACUGCUGUUGUGAGCUGGAGGGAUGCGUGGAAGCUCUGACAAGCGACCUGGUGCUUCAAGACCUUCCUGAAGACGCCAAGCUUAUGUGCAUUACUCAGCAUCCAGGCUUUAACCCUGUCUGCCUGCAGAAAUGGAGCCUGCGGUUGGCAUCACACAAGUACAGGACAAAAGGAAAGAAAAAAUAUGGCCAGACAGUAUCAGAGGAAAGUUUUCUAAGAAGUGUGACCUAUCGAGAGUUUUCUCGCCUGGUCUAUGGAUUAUUGGGGAACAGGAGGAUACCCUUGCCUACAUGUGCAUAUGCUGCAAUAAGGAGAACAUUUCCAUGUGGCAAGGAUGAAGAAUUUACUGGAUUCAAUCUUGACGAGGAGGUUGACUAAAUAAUGACUGAAUAAUAUAGACUUAAUAUAUAGAUAAUUUUAAUUCCUUUUCUAGGGGUUUCUUCUGACUUGUUUGGUGUAUAGCAAGGCUAUUAUUGUUAUAAUCGUAAAAUUAUCCAUUUUGAUUGGUUCUGCAGACUGGGUGCCCAAUAACCCAUACCAAUUACAACCUCUUGGAAUUGGAUACCUGUAAUUCUACACCUAUGCCAUUUGCACAUCAAUCACGUCCACUUAAAUGGGUUCUUCCUUGCUAUUUUCCCACUGUUUGUAAAACCAAUUGAACAUAACGUUAGUUUUUCCACAUAGGACUUCCUACCUCAAAUUUUGUUAAUGAUAUGAUUAAUUAUUAAUUGGACCUUAUGUCGUACGAUUCAGAGAGUAUUCAUGCUUGUAAGUUCAAAUCAGCCUUUCGCCUUGCCAAAACAGCUCAAUGGGUCUACCACUAGAGAUCUUCACUUCAGGUGAUCUGGAUUGUUACUAAAUAUGAACUGUAACUUGUAUCAGGCAUUUAUUUUUUCAAAGAAGGUGACAAAAUACAAAAAUAUAAAUGUAAAGAGAACCACAUGAAAUCAGUCAUAGAUGUUUACGUGAUUAUUUUAGACAAGUGAUUAAAAUGCAGACAACUAUGAUUGUUUCUUCUGAUUCUUUGGACAAGUGGAAACUUUGCUGUGUCCUUUCAUGGGGUGUCUGCAUAGGGAACGCCUCUUAGGUGUUUUGGAUGCUGUCCUUGGCUGGUUUCCUUGUUCUGGCUCUUGAACUUCUGAUACUGAAACAUAACAAAAAUUUCAACAUUCGUUUUCACCAAACAUAAAUUGACAGUAACCUUUUGGUAUCCUUGAAGUAAAAUGAAUUCAGGGUAACCAAAAUGGGUUGUGAGAGAUAACUAUGUUUAGAGGUAACAGGUUCAAGCAUAUAUGGGAUUUUUUCCGAAAAUGUAAUAUUGCAUUGGAGUUAUGUUUCAAAUCCUUGACACAGACAAAAAGAUCAAUAAUUUUUGUAUGUAACAGCACAUGCUUGAUACACAUGUACAGUGAAAAGUAAAACCACAAGACCAACAAAAUAGAUGUUAGAAUGUGGCUGCUGAUACCUGGUGUGGUAGCGGGUACAUUUUCUGUUAUCUUUUUACUCCUGUCAAUUUUUUUCUUCACUGCACUUGAUUUGGAUUCCUUCUCCAGCAUAGUGUUCAUAGGAGGAGGUGUCAUAUCCUUUAACUUGUCUGCAGCACCUUUCAAUUCCUCUUUGGUGGCUGUCAGAAAUGUUUGAAAAAUUUCUUCCACAUAAUCUACAUUGUAAUGGAAAGUGAGAAAAAAAAAGGGAAAAAUGAAGGAAAGAUAUUUUGAUAGUUCUAAUUUUUUAUUACAUGGAGAGAUCGAUAUGACAAGUAUGUGAUAACUAUCAGGCCAUUUCACUAGGCAGACUCACCAAAGUUCUGGGAUACUCUGACAUUCCUCACAGUCGCUUCGCCAUUCUUAAACGUUGGAUAUGUAAAUUUUAUCUGCUCAGCAUCAUCAGCAUUCUUUUGGCACUCCCUUUGCAGGUUAAAGUUAAAAUGUACUGCAGCGAGAAUAUGCCUAUGGGGAAAACACAUAUCUAUUGUAAGUGUUUUGUAAAGUGCUCCAACCAUUCUUCUAUUUUAAUAUCAUUUUGGGCUAACAUAUUUUUUAACCAGAGAAUCAGGCUAAGGUUGGAACCAAUGGAUGUGGAACUGAAGCAAAAUUGGGGCUGAAGAAGAACCAGGCUCAGAACACAGACCAGACCCUAUUCACCUUCACCUGUCCCCUGGCGCCAAGUUGGCGCAUAGGGCCUCAGACCCUAUUCAGCAACAAACCUAAA